AUGAACGCUCUGAACCCCAGUCGGAAUAUAUUCUGGACCAUUCAGAGACCAUCCCCUCUACUCUCGCUGGCUACCCCAACUGUUCUCGGGACAUGUCGGCACAACAGCUCAACCGAAUCGAAAGUCAACGAAGCGCGAACUGCUCUCGCGAAAGCCUUCCCUAGAUCGAAGUCAAUCGUCACGACUAAAGGCACCCACUCCAACAAAGCAGAGCACGUUCUGACAACCAUCGACCAACUCGUAAACUGGGCACGCCAAAGCUCCCUAUGGCCGCUAAGCUUCGGCCUCGCCUGCUGUGCCGUUGAAAUGAUGCAAGUCUCGAUGCCCCGCUACGACCAAGAUCGACUCGGAAUAAUCUUCCGCGCUUCCCCUCGACAAUCCGACGUCAUGGUCGUGGCUGGCACAGUCACUAAUAAAAUGGCACCCGCUCUCAGGCAGUGCUAUGAUCAAAUGCCGGACCCCAAAUGGGUUAUCAGCAUGGGUAGCUGUGCGAAUGGGGGUGGAUACUAUCAUUACAGUUAUAGUGUUCUUAGGGGUGUGGAUCGAAUUGUUCCUGUUGAUGUUUAUAUUCCAGGUUGUCCGCCAACGCCUGAGGCAUUCCUGUAUGGUAUUUUCCAGUUGCAGAAGAAGAUGCGGCACACCAAAGUUACGCGGAUGUGGUAUCGGCGGUAG